AUGUUAAACUGCUCACGAGUUGACAAAUGCGGGGCCUUUUGGAGCCUAUACGGCUCCUUGAGGAAAGCCGUUAAACAGUGGCCCGACGCAGGCCCCAGCAGACCUCCAGCGGCGCCUCUGGGAUCUGUAUGCUUUGCAAGUUUCCCGUCAUAUCAACGGCGCUGCAUUCACCAGGAUCAGUAUGCCUCUUCUUCAGCUCUGCAGAGGGAGCUCAAGGAGUUCUCAGCCGAUUCCCCUGUUGAGGAAAGGGCUGUUGCCGCUCCGGCGUGUACAAAAGGCCCCCGAGUUGAAUGGCCAGCAGACAUACUGGAAAGGGCCCGCCGGGAGCUGUCAGCAGACAGCUGUUCCCGCAGCCCUUCGUUGCACGAUCGACCUGGGGUCUGCCUGUCUGAACCCAGCAGUUUCAUAUCAUGGGCUGAGAUGCAGCAACAGCUGCAGCCUAACGACGCCCGCGCCUUGUGGCGCCGCUUCCGUCGCGCCAUCUUGCAGCCUCUUUCGGGUGCAGCAGCAAUAGCAGAUGACUCCUUUGGGGCCCUUGAGGGGGCCCCUAGGGGUACAGAUUCCUCUCCAGUUGUGUACAAACGGUAUAUUGACGGAAUGACCGCAGCGCACCACUACCCGUCUCGCCUCAUUCCCCCCAACCAGGCGACGAAAAUCCCCGCAGUUUUCUUCGUUACUCCCUUUGCACUGCAGGAGGAUUCACUCCCAUCGGGACAGACGCAAGCUUUGCGGCUGAGGGAGCGGGUGCUUCGCACAACCAGCCCUGGAGCCAUGCUGCCUAAGAUAUCGCUCAGGCCUCAAAACCCUUCUCGCCGAAAACACAAACGCCACCGUCUCCAUCCCCCAUGUCAACGUGUAGCUGUUGCUGCAGCAACCGCUGCAGCAACAGCUGCAGCAACAGAUUGCAGCAACAGCUGCAGCAAGAGCUGCAGCAAGAGCUGCAGCAACAGCUUGCAGCAAGAGCUGCAGCAACGGCUUGCAGCAACAGCUGCAGCAAGAGCUGCAGCAACGGCUAGCAGCAACCGCUGCAGCAACAGCUGCAGCAACAGCUACAGCAAGAGCUGCAGCAAGAGCUGCGGCAACAGCUGCAGCAACAGAUUGCAGCAACAGCUGCAGCAACAGCUGCAACAGCAGUUGCAACGGCUGCAGCAGCAGCUGCAACACCUGCAGCAACAGGUGCAGCAGCAACUGCAAUGA